ACUCCCUCUUCCCUCUCCUAUUCCCCUACCACGUCUCCCGACCACCAUCCGCCACGGUGCGAAGCCCACAGUAGCAUUUGCUCACAUUUGCCCGCUUCUCCCCAACCACCCCACGCCCUCCUUACACCCGAAAAGCGCGUUUGUUUGACGGUCAUCGUCAAAUGA